AAUAGCUCUAACCUUGCAACGGCGGCCGCCUUGUAAUGGUGGCCAACGAGUCACCCGGAUCACAGAAAAAUGGCCUGUGCCGCCUACAUCUGCCACCAAAACUCACGCCAUUUAUUCUGUCACCCAGUGCGAGCCUGGCAGCCUAUGCGGGCCUCAGAAGCCUCUGGUCGCUGAUGUCGUGAUUCGUUGCAUCGGGUGUAGCUUGGCAUACCCCGGAACAGGCCCAUAGAUAACAUGCCGGCCUGCAGUGGGUUGGUACUUCAUGUCGGUCGACAUUUCUGGCCUUGUGUCUUGGCCUCUUUGCUGACCACCGGGUCUCCCUUUCCUGCUCAAUCCUCCACAUCUGCCCCUUUCUUUAACCUUGUAGAUACAAUCGACUUCGAAAUUGUUCCAGACCGUUAUCCUGGUGCGUCAGGCCAAGAGACAAUGAUGGACCCAUCUGCCAAGAAGGUACUCGCGGACGUCCCCAUACUAUUUCGCAAGAAAAGGAGAUACCGACAGCAGCAGCUACUGCAAGCGCUUCGCGUUGUAUUUGCGAUUGAGAGCUGAUUAUGGAUUCCCUUCAGUGACACUAUCAGCUUUUUCAUCAGUACUUAUGGCUCGUGAUAAGCCCAGUCAAAAAGUGGACACGGACAUGCCCACGCUCGGGAAAACAACGUGGUCUGUCUCGUAGGGGACAUUUCCCCUCCGUUCCUGGCAUGCUUCGCCCGCUAUGCAUCUAAGAGCUCUGCAAAAUGGUCGCUUGGUAGUCAAAGGCCUGUACUGGGUCAUGUUUCCCUCUCUCUCUCUCUCUCUCUUUUUCUUUUUUUUUCUUUUUCUUCAAUGGUUACUGAAAUGUCUCAUCACCCUCUUCCUCAAC